UGAAGAUGCCGAUGCAUAUUUUUUAGGUUUCAUUUUCUCAUCAAAUUAUCAGAAGGUUUUUCCUUUUCAUUUCAUUUCUAUUUAAUUUGUCUUUUCUUUGUGAUUUUAGCGGCAGCUUCUUUACCCUAGACAAUUUAUUUUAUUGUUUAGCACGUUUGUGAUGUCAUCCGUGUUUAGGUUACUAUAUUACAAGAUUUUAUUUGAAUCAAAAGAAUUUGCAGUUUUAACUCUAAAUACAAGAUUGUAUUAGAAAACUUCCAUCGUUGGAACAAUAAAGAUGUAUGCCAAUAUAGAGACAAUGUUAAUGGUAAUGUGCAUUUCAAUUAUCAUGCACGGUGUGUAAAUAGGAGUGCAGGAUAAACGUGCUGUUUGGAGGAGAAUGACUGCAGACUGCGCUUAAAUGCAGAAGGUCUUGGUUUUGAUUUAGGAGCCUUUGUAACCUGAAUUAGUUGAUGAAUUUUCUAUCGAUCCUAAACAAGCCCAGAUUCAUCUCUGACACGCUGAUCACGCCACCUCCAUAUUCUUUCACUGUUAUUAGCGAGUGCAUUUAAGAGCUUGCCCAGAGCCAUCCGCUUACACUUUCCACUGGUACGGCUUUUCAUGAGGACUGCCUACAAUUUAGGAGCGUUUAAGUUCAAAACAUUUAAACUAUGCUUUAGAACGAAGUAUCAAUGUGCUCAUUACAACGAGGACCUGAAAGGGAAAGGGGUGGGGGAGCCGUUUACGCUCGGAAGUCCUUUGGUUUAUAAGAAGUCCGGUCUGCCUUUUCGACCCGUGGCCAUUCGCUUAUGAAUGUUGUGAUUCUCUCAGCACUUUAUUAAGCCCAUACCAACGCAUAAAAAUGAAACAUUUGUCUGUCCCGAUCUGCACGUUGACGUUGAGCGCCGUCUGAACUGCCUAUUCGCAUUUCCUUAUCCGGGAAUCGCGAGGAUCCACGCCAUUGGCUACUCAUGUCACAUGGACUCUUAACUUUGUUCACUUGACAGAAAGUAGGAGGGUUCUACGAAACAGGAAAACGAGUAAAGGGAUAGAUAUAAAUUUUAGUAUAUUUUGUGUGCAAUUCAAAGAAAUUAAUGGCCAUGAGUUCCUAUUUGAUCAACUCCAACUAUGUGGACCCCAAGUUUCCACCCUGCGAGGAAUACUCCCAGAGCGACUACCUACCCAGUCACUCGCCGGACUACUAUAGCGCCCAGAGGCAAGAACCAUCGUUCCAACAUGAGUCGAUCUACCACCAGCGGUCGGGCUGCGCCGACCCACCCUACUCGUCGUGCCAGGGUACAGGGCAGCCUGCCGCGGUGAUGUCUCCUCGGGGUCACGUACUAAGCCCGGCUGCACUCUCGACCCCUCUACCAGAACCAAGCCAUCACUGCGACUCGGUAACUCCGAGCCCUCCGCCCGCUUGCGGUCAGACUCCCAUCAACCAAAGCACUCCUUCGGCCACUUCACGAAAGGAUCCCGUGGUUUACCCCUGGAUGAAAAAAGUCCACGUAAACAUCGUGAGCCCGAACUAUUCGGGGGGAGAGCCCAAGCGCUCACGCACAGCUUACACGCGACAGCAAGUUCUCGAGCUGGAGAAAGAGUUUCACUACAAUCGCUAUCUUACUCGCAGGCGAAGGGUGGAGAUUGCCCACACCCUUUGCCUUUCCGAACGACAGAUAAAGAUCUGGUUCCAGAACCGGCGUAUGAAGUGGAAGAAAGACCACAAGCUGCCCAACACGAAGAUACGUUCCAGCAACUCUACCACCUCGAAUUCAAGUGGCGGACCGUUGGGCAGUAAUCAAACCCGAGCUAGCGGACCUCCACCGAGUCUAUAGCUUCCUUGCACUUACAAAUACGCACAUUUUUAAAACCUCAGUUUCAGGAGUGAAGCCCGAGAUUUUCAGCCACACUGUCUCAUACUAUCUCCCCCUCAACGUUCUUAAAGACAGAUAUAUAACAUGAGGCGAGAUGAUGAGAAGGUGGGAAAGAGAAAAGAAAAUGUCUUUUUAACACAAAUGGGGUGAAGACUCGAACUGAAACAUUUCCACAGAUGGGCCCUCUCCUAGUCCAGUUCUCAUUUUUAUCCUAUGCUCCUUUCCUUCUCCUGUUCCCUCACCCCGUCAAUAACAGAAGGCAGCAGAUAGUUUUCAGAUUUGGCGAAGAUGGAUCCGUGUUUCAUCUUUAAUCAUGCCAAACUCGGCCCCAUUUGUCAUGUUUACUCUGUGGUACAAAGGAUGAACCGUAGGCCUGCCCAUUACCUCGACGUCUAGCGUUGUGCUUAAUAAAUGAGUCGCCUUAUUUUGUCAAGAGCCAUUUUCUAACUCCCUUUUCUUUGCUGACUUACAACCUACAAAACUAGCUGGACGUUACUCUCGUAAUAUGAAGUUUUUUCUUUUAACGUUAAUCUCACAUUUAAUGUUUUAAUUUGUCAUUGGGACUGAUAAAGAUUGUGUCAGGUUUUGUUGUUUAUUAGACAUUCGGGGACUUCGACUCUUUUUGAUGUCUGAUUGUUUAGCGCAUUUCAAAUUGAGGAUAGGAAAAUCAGGCGCACUGUAACAUAUCUAGUUUAGGCGUCAUUCAAAUUCAGUGGAAGGUUAGAGCAGUUUAAUUAAGCUGGGAAUAUACGUAACCAAAACGGAUACAAUGCAAAGCAUUUUAAAGAGAGCACUGCUAAGUACUAUAUGAAUUACCUCAGUUGCAAUUUUGUUGAUGUUUUUGUUGUCUAGUUUUAUGAAGUGAUAAGUUUGAACUCAUUUGAUUGAAAUGCAUAUAUCUUCAAAAAUAUCUGCAUUUGUUUGUACGUUGCAAUGUAAUUUAAAACUAUAUGUGGCCAGGGUUGUAUAGAGAAAAGUGCGUAUAUUGCAUGAAUGAAUACACUUUAUUUUUCGUUUUUCCCGUUUCUUCGUCUUUACGUUUUUGUGUGUCUCACAUAAGUAUAUGCACAAGCUAUUUCUUUCUUUCUUUCUUUCUGUCAGUCUGUCUAUCUUUCCGUCCUGUCUUUCUCACCUGUGCCAUGUGUGGGUAUUUUAAUUUUUAUAAGCUACAUUUUACAUUCCAAAGAUCCGUCUUCCCUGUAAUAAUGUAUUUUCCCUUCGUUAUUAUUUGUAUGUCGCCCCCUUUCUGCUUAGGCUAUGCCUUCCACUGUCUCUUUGUUAUUUGUAAAUAGCUAUAGAAAUUUAAUAAAUCACAAAAAUCUGUCUU